ACGUGUCUUAACGCUCCUAUUAAGCGCGUGGCCAAACAUCUUCGCCCUAAAAAAAACACUGUUCUGGUUUUCCAUUCUCUUUCCCUUUUCUUCAACCUUAAACCAAUCGAAGCCUCAUCAACAAAAUAAAAAAAUCAAUCGAAAAAAAAAAAGAAACCAAAGUUUCUUGUUGGGGAAAAAUAGAGAGAAAGCAUGGGAAUUUCAAUUUUCUCUCUCUUUCCCACGCUUUCCCUAAUUUUGUUUCUCCUUUCCCUCAAUUUUCCAUUCACCCAAUCAUCACCUUCUUCAAUCUACGACCACUUGGAACGCAACGGCCUCCCUAUGGGCCUCCUCCCAAAGGGCAUAACCGACUUUUCAAUCGACCCCGACACUCAGCGUUUCCAAGUGAAUCUAACCCAACCCUGCAACGCCAAAUUCGAGAACCAGCUCCACUACGAUUUCAACAUCUCCGGAUUCUUAUCUUUCGGGAAGAUCUUGAAUUUAUCCGGUGUGUCGCAGCAGGAGCUGUUCCUAUGGUUCCCCGUCAAUAGCAUACGUGUCGAUGAUCCGAGCUCCGGUUUGAUCAACUUUGAUGUUGGCGUCGUUGAUAAACAGUUCUCCUUGUCCUUGUUUGAGAGCCCCCGUGAUUGCACCGCCGUUGAUCCUAGUGACUCCCACUCGAAUUCCCAGCCAUCUAAGUCACUUGGUAUUGGAACUGUUGAAGAGCAUAUGCUAAGGGAUGUAUCAUAGAAUCUGGAGGCAAAGAUAUUGUAUUCAAGUUUCAAUAUUAUUCAUGCACCUGUGAGUUUCUCUUCUUGCUUAAAGAUGCUCUUCAAGAGCAUGUUUUGAUGGGUCAUAGGCUUCCAUUUGUGUGUUUGCUUGCUGUGCUGUACAACUAUUCCAGCUAAUAUCUCUGCCAUUGCAAGAAUAACAGUUUUUGUAAAGCAAUGUGGUAGAGGUGAAGGACUUGAGUCUUGUAUUGGUGAAUUGAUGUUGAUGCUGGAGCAUUUGUUCAGGUCUGGUUUCUCUUAAUUAAUUUUUAGAAAUUGCUGUUGUUUAUUGUCAUGAAAUCACUAGACAUACAAAAGUAUGAGUGUCGUGUUGUGUUUCUGUAAAUGGAGAGAACUCUUUGUUUUGCACCUUGUUCUCGUAUCAUUCAGUUAAAUGUAUGAUGUUUAAAAGAAAACAUGCUGCAAGUCAUAUUGUUAUCC